GUUUUUUAUUAAAAGAAAUAUAUUCACAGAACGUCAAUAACCCUUAUACAUACUAUAUAAAAUAGCUACAUAUUUUACUUUAAUUUAUUACAUAUAUUACCAAACUAUGAGCUUCUUUGGAAACAACAUUUUUACUGAUACAGAAUAUGAAUCUGAUUAUUCAGAUCAUGUAAUCUUAAGCAGUGACAAACGAUCAGAAUCAUCAGCCUCAUCUCUCUCCAUUUUUUCAGAUCAACAAGAUCAACCUCAACAAGAAGCUACUGAUGAUGAAGAUGCACUUUCACUUCAAAGUUCUCCUUCUCCUUAUCAAUCCUCAAGAGAAGAGCUUAGUGAUGCAAAUAAUAAUACUAAUACUGACGAUGAUGAUACUUAUCUUGACCCUGAACUAUAUUGCUUACGUCGUUCAAGAAGAAAUAAACCCAAGUCCAAUACUACACCUAUGAUUGAUACUGAAGAGUUAACAUUUACUUCUGAUGAAGAACCUGAUGAUAGUUCUGAUGAUGACUAUAAUCAAUCUACUUCUACAAGGAGACGGCUUAGAAGAAAUAGAAGUUCAUCUUCCUCUACUUAUGAACUAAAGAAUUCAAGACAAAAAAGAAAGAUGGUUAUUCCAUAUGAAGAAGAAUCGAUUGAUGAAAAUGAAAACUUUGAUAAAAAUGAUACCUCAGACGAAGAGUGGGGUUCAACCCGUAAAUCCAAGUCAAAACGAAAGAAUCGUAAUAGAAACAAAGCUAAAUUUACUGGCGCACUUUCACCAAGUGAUUUUGCAAGGCAUUCUACACGUACACGUAAAGUAACUAACUAUAAUGAAGAUAACCCUCAACUUUGGGGUUUAUCUGAAGAUGAAGAAGAUUAUAACCCAUAUACCCCUGCCGUUGGUGCUGAAGAUAAUGAAGAAGAAGAAGAAAUCAUUGAGGCUGUUCUUGAUCAUCGUAGAAAAGAAGGAUUUGAAGAAGGACCUGAUAAGCCUGAAAAGAAUUUAGAAUUUUUAAUCAAGUGGAAAAAUUGGUCACACUUGCAUGAUACCUGGGAUACACAUGAAUAUUUAAAAUCAUUCAAAGGUUUCCGUAAACUGGAGAACUAUAUCCGAAACCAAAUUAUUGCUGAACAAAGCUUCCGUUCUCAUAGUGAGACUACAAAAGAAGAAAUUGAACAACAAGAUAUUAAUAUCUCAAGACGUCGUGAUGAAAUUCAAGCUUGGCGUACAGUAGAUCGUGUCAUUGCCGCUCGAGGUACUCCUCCUGAUGUUGAAUAUUUUGUAAAAUGGAAACGUCUUCAUUACGAUGAAUGCACUUGGGAACUUUCAGAGGCUAUUUCUGCUGAUCAUCAGGCUGAAAUUGAUGAUUAUUUGAAUCGUGAACAAAAUACGCUUAUUCCUCAUCGUUCUACUUCAUAUCAAAGGAAUAAUCGACCUACCUUUGCUGCCUUUAAAUCUCAGCCGUCAUUUAUUACCGGUGGUGAGCUUCGUGAUUACCAAUUGCAUGGUGUAAACUGGAUGUACUGGCUCUGGUGUAGAGAUCAAAACGGUAUUUUGGCUGAUGAAAUGGGUCUUGGCAAGACAGUACAGACGAUCAGUUUCCUUAAUACCUUAUAUAAUCACUUAAAUUUGUAUGGCCCCUUCUUAAUUGUCGUACCAUUAUCAACCUCUGAGAACUGGUUACACGAAUUUAAACAAUGGGCCCCUCAAAUGAAUGUUAUUUGCUAUCUUGGUAAUCGUCGUUCGAGAGAGUUCAUUCGUGAGAAUGAAUUUUAUUUAGACAAAACGAAGCGUUUAAAGUUUAAUGUCCUUAUUACUACUUACGAGAUUGUCCUUAAAGAUAAAGAUGUGCUUGGUGGCUUCCGCUGGCAAUAUUUGGCUGUAGAUGAAGCACAUCGUUUAAAGAACGCUGAUUCUCAAUUAUAUGAAGCCUUGUCUGGUUUUCAAACUGUGAAUCGUCUCUUGAUUACUGGCACUCCUUUACAAAACAAUGUAAAGGAGCUUUUAGCUCUUAUCCGUUUUUUGAUGCCUAAUAUGGACUUGAGCGAAUAUAACUUUGACCUUAAUGUGGAGGAUAUAAAUCAAGAAGAAAAAAUCAAGGCCUUACAUGAACGCAUUAAAAGCCUUAUGUUGCGUCGUUUGAAAAAGGAUGUAGAGAAAUCCUUACCCAAUAAGACUGAACGUAUCUUACGUGUAGAGAUGAGUGAACUUCAAAAGACGUAUUAUAAACAUAUUCUUGCUAAAAAUUUUGAGUUUCUCUCAUCUGGCACUGAUAACAAGAAACAAUGGCUCAACAUUGCUAUUGAGCUCAAAAAGGCAAGUAAUCAUCCUUUCCUCUUCCCUGAUGCUGAAAAGCCUUCACCAAGUCGUAUUACUCAAUUGAAGGGUUUAAUUGAAAAUAGUGGCAAGAUGGUAUUGCUUGAUAAACUAUUAACUCGUCUCAAAUCAGAUGGUCAUCGUGUCCUUAUUUUCUCUCAGCUGGUCAUGAUGCUUGAUAUUUUAUCUGAUUAUAUGGCCUUACGUGGCCAUCCAUUUCAACGUCUUGAUGGUUCUAUGAAACCUGAAGAUCGUAAUAGAGCUAUUGAGCAUUUUAAUGCUCCUAAUAGUCCUGAUUUCGUUUUUUUAUUAUCUACUCGUGCUGGUGGUAUGGGUAUUAACUUGGUCACAGCUGACACUGUAAUUAUCUUUGAUUCUGAUUGGAAUCCACAAAAUGACUUACAAGCCAUGUCUCGUGCUCAUCGUAUUGGGCAGACCAAAUCUGUCAAUGUGUAUCGUUUUGUAACAAAAGGUACUAUGGAGGAAGAUAUUAUUGAACGAGCUAAACGAAAGAUGGUGCUUGAAUAUUGUAUUAUCAAGCAAAUGGAUACAUCCGGUCAUUCUUUAUUGUCGGCAGAUCAACAGCAGCCUAUUGGUCUGACUACUUCCUCUGGGAAAAAUCGUGAUAUUCCAUUUAAUCGUGCAGAGAUGUCUGCAGUACUUAAGUUUGGUGCUAAGAACAUGUUUGAAUCUACUGAAAAAGCAGAGCCGAUGAAAGACAUUGAUUUAGAUGACAUCUUAGCCCGUGCUGAACAAACAGAGACCCUUGAAGGUGAAGAUAGUGCUUUAGGUUCUGAAGACUUUUUAUCACAAUUCAAGGUAACUGAUUAUGAAGGAACAGCUGCUGAUUUAAGUUGGGAUGAAAUUAUUCCUGCCUCUGAAAGAGCAAAGAUUGAAGAAGAGCAGCAAAAGGAAGAUCAAGCCGCUUUAUUAGCGCGUGCUCAGAAGAAGGGACGUAUUCAUUAUACUGAAAAUGAUGAGGAUGAUCUAGAUGAUGAAGAUGCUCCGGUUACUAAACGUCAUAAAAACUUAUCUGGUGGUAGCUCAAGUCGUAGUAAUAAAAGAAAUGGUAAUGGUAAUGGUAAUGGUAACAGCACUAAGCCAGAUGAACUCUCUGAACGUGAUCGUCGUGCUAUUGUCCGUGCAGUAUUAAAAUAUGGUGAUCUGGGAACACGUUAUGAAGAAGCAGUAAAAGAUUCUGAUCUUGCUAUAAAGAAUAAGAAGUUAGUUUUAGGAAUGUACACUAAUCUAUUAGAAGAAUGUAAAUCAGAGGUAUUUAAGCAAGCUAUUGCUAAUAAUUCUGUUAGAGAAGGGGAUGAUGUGGAUGAUUCAAUACUCUUACGUGACCUUCGUCAUACAAAACAAAAGGCUAUCUUGUUUACUUGGCAUGAUAUACAAAGUGUGAAUGCGGGUCAAGUAUUCCAACGUCAUCAUGAUAUGAAGGUGUUGGCUCGUCGUUUAAAAGAAACUACGGAUAAAUACAAGUUCCGUCUUUCUGUUGGUGCAAAACGUGUACAAGGCUGGUCUUGUGCCUGGGGACCUAAAGAAGAUGCGAUGCUGCUGGUCGGUGUCCAUGAUCAUGGCUUUGGUUCUUGGUCGGCAAUGCAAACAGAUCAGCUUCUUGGACUUUCAGAUAAGUUUUUUGUAAAUACUGGUGAUGAUGAAAAAAAAUCUCCAAAAGCUAUUCAUUUAGUGAGACGAGCUGAACAGUUAAUGAAGAUAUUAGCUGAAGAAGAUCGUUUAAAAAAUGAGGUAAAUGAUCGCAAUUCUGUAAAAGCAACUAGUUCAAAAAUGAAGAAUAGCCCUCGUGCUAGACAACAAUUACAACAACAACAACAACAGCAGCAGCAGCAGCAGCAACAAAAAGCUCAAAUAAAUAAUGAUACUUCAUCAUUCACAAAAGCAGUGAAUGGCGGUGGAUCACCACAAAAACGUAAAGAGCGUCCCUCAGAUAAUACUCCUUGUCCUUCAACAAAACGGGUUAAAAGCAACGGCCUUAAUGAGGAUGUGAUUGCCUCAACGAUGAAACCUGUGAAGCACUUGUUAUUGAAGCUUAGGGAUGGCUCAGCCAAGUUGGAGGGUGCUGAAAAGGCACAUUUAAUUCGUGAAUGUAUGUUAGAUAUUGGCAAACAUAUUGAUCGUAAGGCUACAGAUGAUAAAACGAAGCGUAGCCUUUGGCUCUACACUACGAAGUUCUGGCCGGCAAAUAAUGUAUCUUAUGAAGACUUGAUUAAUGUAUAUACCAAAAUAGUAGCCGCAUUAGGGCAGCAAUCAAGUCUUCAUGGGAAACAUGACCGUCGAAGUUCUACCUCUCGUCGCCGUUCUCCUUCUUCUUCUCGUCGCCGCUCUCCCUCUCGACGUAGAUCUCGUUCUCGCCGUCGUUCUCCUUCACCAUCUUCCUCGAGACGUCGUCGAUCCUCUUCCCCGUCUCGUCGAGCAUCUGGUGGACAUCGCCGUUCAGACUCCCCUGCUUCCCUAUCACGUCGACGAACACCCUCACCCUCUCGUCGUCGUCACCAUUCGCCUUCUGCCUCCCGUCACGGUGGUAGUUCGUCAAGCCAUCGUCGCAACAGCACUCGAAAAGAUAGCUUGACAACUACCACUGACGGUGAGCGCAGAAACAGUCAUAACCAUCGUCGUUCCUCUUCGGUGGGGCACCAUCAGGAUGAUCAUAGCCGUCGCGAUAAAGAUCGUGGUGCCUCAUACAAAGACAAACGACGAUGAAGGUGUUUGUAUGUAUAAUAAUAAAAAGUUUUUUUUUUUUUUAAAAAAAA